GUUUCGAUUUCCUACACAAAUAACCGAACAUGACCAGUGACGGAAAAUACGUACGGGCUCCAGUAUCCCUGAGUGAAACGGAGGAUUCAAAUGACUCGAUACUCGAUGAAACAGGAAAAGUUUUCGAUGAUGGCGAUAGCGCGUGUUCAAGUGAACCAAAUCAAGCGGAAUUUCUCGAUGAUGAAACUGUCGUACAUGACGUUGUGGAACAAAACACCGACCAUGACCAAGUUGCCCGGGAAAAUGUAGAAGAAAUGCGGAAAGAAAAUCUCGAGUACCGGCGCAGGAUUGACCAGAUGCAACAUGUAUUGGAUAAACUUGUGAAUGAGAAGCGAUCAAAUCUUCCUCAGGAUAGCAUCGGCUCUACGACUCGCGAAAUAGAUGAAAGCUGGAAUAACGGAGACGCAUUUGCAGUACCUUCGACGAGCACGGGUGGCAUACGUUGGGAGCAUAUUCAGCCCUUCCCAAACGAUGUCCCAGCGAACAUGAUGUGGGAGCAAUGGAAUCGAUUCAUUGAUCGUUUCGAAAUUGCUGUAUCUAUAUCGAAUGUUCACGAUCCUAUCAAACGCUCACAGAUAUUGUAUUUGUCCAUGGGAGAAAAGCUCCAGGGAAUAGCACGAGCCGCUAGACUUCGCCCGAAUCUUAAGGAUCCGGACUGUUACAAAGUAUUCGUAAGGAAUAUUGAGACAUACCUGCAAUCGAUGGUGGAUAUCACAGCGGAGCACGAAAUGUUCUCCAAUUUGAAACAGGAUAUAGAUGAACCGGCUUUAACUUUCCACGCUCGUCUGAUGGAGAAGGUUAGGCUCUGCAGGUACAGCAGUAGUGAUGAGGAUCGUUUUGUGAGGAUGCAGCUGCUGAAGGGGAUGCGGAAUAGAGAGUUGGCCAAAACAGCAAGAACGUUUGGAUAUGAUACAACAUUCAUCGUUCAAUCGGCCACGCGUGAGGAGGCAUAUGCUGCAGGGACUGCCCAAUCUAGAUCCUCGGAAGCAUUCGUGGUGGCAAAAGAUCGCCAGCGUCGCCACAUAUCAUCUGACAGAGUGCCCACACGCCGCUAUGAUGCUGCUAACGAUGGGAAAUUUCGUCCCAAACGACAACGCGAAUCUGAUGACCCAAGCUAUCACGGACGGGGACGCCGCUCUCGUUGUCCCAAGUGUUUCUUGUUGUUUCAUAAAUUCGGAUCAUGUCCAGCAUUCGAUCGAAACUGUAAAGCAUGUGGCGAACGAGGCCACUUCGCGGCAGCCUGCCGUAAGAAGAACGCAAACAGUAUCCAGCUUAAGCGUGAUCUCCCGCCAGGAUGGGAAGACGAAGAUAAGACGAAGCAAAUAAAUGCAUUGACUCUAGAACAAGCACUCAUAGAUUGCCGAAUAGGAUAUUCAACACCCGUUCAGUUUCUGAUAGAUUCUGGAGCGGACGCGAAUAUUAUUGGUGGAGAUGAUUGGUUUAGACUGAAGAAGGAGUUUUUGUCAGGCGGCGCCGACCUUGAGCCGAUGGAGUUAUCGUUUAAUAAUGAUCUACGGUCGUAUGCAUCAUCAAAUCCUAUUUCUGUUAAAUGUGUAUUUAGAGCUGAUAUUCAAGUAGUUGGAUGUCCAAAGCCGUCGGUUAAAGCAGAAUUUCUUGUCGUUCCUGAAGGACGCCGUUCGUUAUUAGGUCGUUCCACAGCGAGUGACAUGAAACUAUUGAAGAUUGGUGUUUCUGUCAACAAUUGCGAAUCUUUGGGAAAGAAUCAUUUGUUUCCGAAGGUUCCUGGUGUUCUAGUAAAAUUUAGCGUUGAUAAGUCGAUACCUCCAGUAAGAAAUGCUUACUACAAUGUACCGGCAGCGUAUAGGGAGAGUGCAAGAAAGAGACUCCAAGACAUGGAAACCCAAGGAAUCAUUGAGCGGAUAACAACGGCUCCCAACUGGAUCAGCGGCAUGUCGGCCGUUUCUAAAGGUAAGAGUGACUUCCGUCUGGUCAUCAACAUGAGGGCGCCCAACCGAGCUAUUAAAAGAGAGUACUUUCGACUACCGUUGUUAGAGGAAAUGAAAGUCAAGCUUCAUGGAGCAAAGUUCUUUUCAAAGCUCGACCUGACGAACGCCUUUUAUCACCUGGAACUUCAUGAGGAAUCGCGAGACAUGACUACAUUCUUAUCGGAAAAUGGAAUGUAUAGAUUUACCCGAUUGAUGUUCGGGGUAAAUUGUGCCCCGGAGAUUUUCCAAAGAGAAAUGUGCCGGAUCCUAGGAAGCGUGGAAAACAUUAUCGUGUAUAUCGACGACGUGUUGAUUUUCGCGAAUACUCUAGAAAACUUACAUAAGACUGUAGAACAGGUUUUGGAAAUUCUGAAAGUGAACAAUUUGACCAUAAACGCGAGCAAAUGUGAGUUCGAUAAGACUCGGAUCCAAUUCAUUGGCCACGAACUUGACGAAAAUGGUUUCAACAUCGAUGAAAUGAAGAUUAAGGAUAUACGGAAAUUCAGGGCUCCUUCUACAGUUUCGGAGCUACGAAGUUUUUUGGGGCUUGCAUCCUUCGUAAGCUCAUACAUCAAGGGUUUUGCUGAGAUUGCAAGCCCAUUGUGGACAGUCAUCAGUUCAAGUGAAUGGAACUGGGGUCAAGAACAGGAUCAAGCUUUUGAACUUUUGAAGGAUAAGAUUGUACACUGCACUACAUCCCUUGGAUACUUUUCCGAAAAACAGAAAACUAUCCUAUAUACGGAUGCAUCGCCAAAUGCCCUUGGCGCUGUCCUCGUCCAGCAGGAUAAAGAUCAAGCACCUCAUCCCGAGAAAACUCUAAACGGGCACUCAAUCGGGCUGAUGGAUGGGCCCUCAGGUUAA